CGCGAGAUUUGGGACGGGACGGGGCGGGGCGGGGCAGGCGCUGCCCCGUGCAAAUGGCGGCGCGGAGGCCGGGCCGCGCGGGCGCGCUGAGGUAAAGUAGGGGCAGGCGGGCGGUGGUGCCGUCAUGGAGCACAUCACCACGCCGAAGGUUGAAAAUGUGAAAUUACUAGAUCGCUACACAAAUAGGAAGGCAGCAAAUGGGACGUUAUAUCUGACAGCCACCCACCUUAUCUAUGUAGAUGCCUCUGCUGAUGUCAGGAAAGAAACAUGGAUUCUGCACCACCAUAUUGCAACUGUAGAAAAGCUGCCUCUGACCACAGCUGGAUAUCCACUCCUCAUUCACUGCAAGAACUUCCAUGUGGCUCACUUUGUUAUUGGGCAGGAACGUGACUGUCACGAAGUUUAUACUUCAUUGCUUAAACUCUCACAACCAGCAAAACCUGAAGAACUUUAUGCUUUCUCCUAUAAUCCUAAAGUGUCUAAAGAGAGUCGGGAGAUUGGAUGGAAGCUGAUUGGUUUAAAAGUAGAUUACCAGCGUAUGGGAAUUCCAAACGACUACUGGGAACUAACAGAUGUUAAUAAAGACUAUGAGGUUUGCAACACGUAUCCUCCAGAAAUAGUGGUGCCUCGAGCUGCUAGUAAGGCAGUGGUGAUCGGGAGCUCACGGUUCAGAAGCAGGGGACGGAUUCCGGUGCUUUCUUACUUGUACAAAGAAAACAAUGCUGCCAUCUGCCGCUGUAGCCAGCCCCUGUCUGGGUUCAGCGCACGCUGUCUGGAGGAUGAACAGAUGCUGCAGGCCAUCAGAGAAGCCAACCCUGGGAGUCCCUUCAUGUAUGUUGUAGACACAAGGCCAAAGUUAAAUGCCAUGGCCAACCGAGCUGCAGGGAAGGGCUAUGAGAACGAAGAUAACUAUGAUAACAUUCGCUUUAAAUUUAUUGGCAUAGAAAACAUCCAUGUGAUGAGGAGCAGCUUGCAGAAACUGCUGGAAGUGUGUGAGAUGAAGUCCCCCUCAAUGAGUGAUUUCCUCACUGGCCUGGAGAACUCUGGUUGGUUACGGCACAUUAAGGCUGUGAUGGAUGCAGGUGUCUUUCUUGCCAAGGCUGUGAAGGAUGAGAAAGCCAGUGUGCUGGUGCACUGCUCCGACGGGUGGGACCGCACAGCGCAGGUCUGCUCCCUGGCCAGCCUCCUCUUGGAUCCCUUCUACAGGACUUUUAAAGGCUUCAUGGUCCUGAUAGAGAAGGAAUGGAUUGCAAUGGGCCACAAGUUCUCACACAGAUGUGGCCAUUUGGAUGGUGACCCCAAAGAAGUCUCCCCUGUCUUCACCCAGUUCAUUGAAUGUGUGUGGCAGCUCAUGCAGCAGUUCCCGUGCUCUUUUGAGUUCAAUGAACGUUUCCUUCUUGAAAUCCAUGACCAUGUCUACUCCUGCCAGUUUGGCAACUUCCUUGGGAACUGCCAUAAGGAGCGUGAGGAUCUGAAAAUCUUUGAGAAGACCCAUUCUCUGUGGCCUUUCCUCUUACAGAAGAAGCAGGAAUUGAGAAAUCCCUUGUACAAAGGAUUUACAGCUUACAAAGAGCUUCAACCUAACACACUACCUUUCAGUUUCCAGUUUUGGUGUGGGAUGUAUAACCGCUUUGACAAAGGAAUGCAUCCAAAGCAGUGUGUGCUGGAUUAUCUGCUAAACUGCAUGAGCCAGAAGAUGAAACUGGAGGACAAUGCAUCUGAACUGGAAAAUAAACUUCCUUUCCUCGAUGGUCCUUUGCCCAGUGAAGGCUCCUCCUUAUCUAAAGUAGGACAUACUACUUCAAAAACACCGAUGCUCAACACUCCUCAGGGUUAUGAAGGGGAACCACCUCCUGUGCUGAGCAACGGUGCCCUGAUGGGGGAUGUAGAUGUUCCAUCAGGUGUGGACCAAAAGCACAAAGAGAACCUGUCUCAUCACCGGGACCUCCAGGAUCUGAGUGACACCCCUCGUGUGUUGGACACUGAAGUGAAGGGUGGAAAACCUCAGCACCACUGAUGAGCUCUGAGAACUGAUUUCAAUGAACCAGAUGCUUGUGGUGAGGCCUGAGGGGGCCGUGCCCCCAGGAGGUGCAGAUCCUCUACCCAUGGGCAGCUGAGUGUGAGUGGUGUGUUGGCAGGGAGCUGUGCUCGCUGUAGGGCACACAGGCUGCAUUUGGUUUGGUUCCCAUCGUUUUGCAGCUGAAAUGAAGAUGAUGUGUGCAGAGCUGCCCAGGAGGCUGCCUCGAGUUCGUGCAAACGUUAUUGCUUACUGGAAACACAACGUGUUUAAGGUUCAUGACUGCUGCCAGUACUUGGUCUUUCAAGCUGAAAGAAGUCUUUUCCAAUUUACAUGGGGCUUAGGAAUUGUGUGGUGUUUACAACUGGAGUAGGAAAGAUACAAUCCAGUUACUCAGUGAUGGUGCAAGGUCAUCUUAAAAUGAUAAAAAUGUCAGUUCCUCUUAAAAUAACACUUCCUCCCUUUUCUUAGCUGUGAAUGAAUCUGCAUGGACCCUCACCCUGUGGCAGAACUGAUUCAUUUUUUUUGUUUCCUAUGCAUAUUUGUUAAACAAAACCAAACCCCCCUGUGCCUUUUUAUGGAGACCUUUUAAUGUCUACCCAUGCAAUGUUCUCUUUCUAUUCCUGUAGUGUAGAGUGUAGUAUUUGGUUGCCUUUGUAGGCAGUAUUUUUAAACCAGUUUGUUUACCUGCUCUGGCUUCUCCAGGAUCUUUGCUGAUCCCCUGAGUACAGUAGCUUCCCUCUAACCUGACCUUUCAAAGGGUAAGGACCACAUUUACUGACUGUGAGAGGGCAGCAAGCCACAAAGCCUGUGUAACCUGUGGCUUUGUGACAGAGGAAGGAUGACAAGUGAGAAAAGAUAGGGAAAAAAAUUGUAUGGAUUUUAUUAUCCCUUGUUUUAUGAUCUUGGUUAAAUUGAGGCAAGAGAGUAAUGUAAUUCAAAGCUACAUAGUCGAUGUGCUCUCCUUAUGUCCAUUGACAAGGCAGUAGUUAUAGAUCAGGGGCGUUCUGCUACUGAAAUGGGAUUUCAAAUGGUUAUUUCACAUCAUGUGCUGAGUGAUCAUAGUGCAGGUUGUCUUGGAUGUUAAAAUUAUGUGAACCUUAGAGAUGUUUUGUCUGUAUUGUCUCAUGGUGAUGAACUUUGUACUUCUGUGGAGCUGGUGACAAAACCUAACUUGGGACAUGUCCUCACAGUGAAACACAAGAGUGGAUGUCUUGGCUCAUGGCUGUGGCUCCAGCUUGGGCUCACUCUUGCUGUUAGCACUGCUUGGUUUCCUUAAACUGCAGGCAUCUCAGCUGGAGACACCAGUUCAAAGUUGGGAUUUAAAACAGAAACUUGUAUUCCAUUUAUCCAUAAGUCUGGUAGAGAAAGAGGGGCUUAUCCCAUAGGAAAAUAUUUGGUUGGGAAAGCUGUUCCUUAGUACUUGUUCUGGGCAAUCUUCUAAAGAUGUUCUUAACAGAGUUUCUUCGUGCAGCUUCACUCAAGAUGCUUUGCUGCUUUCUUCUGGAUCUUGGUGUUUCAAUUAUAUGCUGCCAUUAGGUCUUAAACCCAGGGGUUUUAUGAAAUAUAGAAACUAUAAACAUUGUCUAAGUUAACCCUCCCAGUCUGCAGUGAAAAGCAGAAACAUUCCACUAUAGCAGCAGAAAAUGCAAUAGCCAUUGCUCAUGUGCUUAUGUGGUGAAAUGACCAGGUGAGCUUCCAUGUUCAAGUAGAAAGGGAAAAAAAACCAAACAAAACUCCCCUGAGUGUCUCGCUUUGGGUAAGGAAACAGAUCUUUUAAGUAUAUCAGAAGACACCAGGAAAAAUGGCAAUACCUAAAAACAGAGUUUUUCAGUGCCUAGAAUGGCAAAGAGAAACUGGUUUUUAAUUUGCAGGUUUGUCAGUUUUAAAGCAAGGAAUGUAGUUGCUUUCAAGGUAGAACUACAGUGCAAUGAGCCAUUUAAAAACAAAGCACAAGCAGGUCUGGUUCAGGAUUUUAAUGAUGUUUGGAAUUUGUUGUGUGGCUGCAUAUCAAGAAUAGCGCGUCAUGCAACAAGGAUGUAUCUGUUUUGAAGGGUGCACUUUUCUGAAUGCAUCUUUUCUUUAUCUCAAGACAAGCAUCUGCUCUUGGGUCUCUUUGCCCUAGAAAGAGAUCUGUGAAGCUCCAAGUUACUCUACCAACCUUUUAAGUUUACCAUAUCCAUGUACUCCUGAAGUGAGGAGAUUGUACCCCAAGUGUUAAUCCAGCUGUUCCUGUUACCCAGGGCUGGGAAUCUGUUGUGAUUUCCACUGGAGGGUACUGGGGAGAUAGUUUCCCUUUUCCUCUUGGUAAUGUAAAAGCUCCAUUUGGAGCACUUUGGUUUGGAGCCUGUUUUGCAUACAUCAGCCCUGUCUUUCCUUUCUAGGUGUUAGAAGAGUAGUGGAUGGUCUUCGUAGCUUCUCAAAUAGAAAGCUCUGAAAUGGUAAAUGAGACCAAGACUGGCACUUUUCAGGACCAGGUAUUCUGGAUUUCAUCAGUCCUUGCAACAUGUUCUCUACUGAAAAUUAGAGAUUCAGGCCUGCAGUGAAUUUGACUGCUGAAGGAUUUGGACACACCACUGGUUAAUCGUAGAAAAGCAUUUUGCAGGAGGUUUCUAUACAUGUUUACACAUUGCCUUGAGUUCUGAAUUACCAUAUAUUACCUUGGAGAAAGUAUAAUCAUCUUUGCUUAUUCCUGAAACGUGAUGCUGACAUCUCCGCAUAUCCUUCUUGAUGACAAGAUUACUACAGGUGUAUAGAACUGUGAAAGAUUAUUCCGUAUACUGAAAGUAUUAGUAAGCUCUUAGUAAUCUUGCUGCUUUUGACUUCAGUAACAAAACAAUGGAUAACUUUAUACUUUGAAAUACAAGACCUAGCCAAAAUAAAAGGGUAAUGGUCUGUCUUUUUAAACCUCUCGGAUUUAAUGUAUUAAUAAUCAUUAAUGCUGGUGCUGUAAAUGUAUGGAGCUGGAAAAGAUUCCAGUGUUUCCUGUCUUUCUAUGAGCUUAUUUCUUUGCAAACCGAUUACCUGGAAGCUUUUUAGUUU